AUGCCCGACCUCCACUCCCUCCCUCCCAACUCCCGCCCCCUCCACGCCAUCCGCAACAACGGUCCCCAUCACCUCGCAAUAGAGCGCUAUCUCCUGCGCGAACUUGCCGAAGGCUGGCCGUGCUACCGCGACGCCUGCGAAUGGGAGAACUUCCGAUCGAUCUUCCACCCGGAAGCGCACGUCUACACAACCUGGACGGGACUCACGCACCACGAUGCAUUCAUCACAGCCUCGCAGGCGGGAAUGGACAAGGGCGCGUUCAUCAUGCAUCGCGUGCAUGGCAGCACCACGGACAUUAACCUCGAGGGAACGCGUGCCGUCACGAAGAUGAAAGCUACUAUUACGCAAAGAUUCAGUGGGGUGGAGUGUGUGGGUGGGGGAACCUGUGAGGUGGACGCGGAGAGUGAUUGUCGGUUUAUCUUCUUCUGGGAGAAGGUUGGUGCAGAGUAUGAGGAGUUGAAGGGCCAGUGGAGGGCCAGGUUCGUGAGACACUGGUAUGAGAAGGAUAAGUUGCUGCUUGUGACGCCGGAUCGCGUGCCGGUGAUUGAUCAUGAGAGAUUGAAGGAGUAUCCCGUGGGGUAUCGGCAUUUGGCGUAUUUGCAGGAGGAGACGAUGGGGGUCAAGGUGUUGAGGGAUUUGCCGGGGCAUAGGAGGGAGAAGGCCACGGGGAGUGUUAAUGGUCAAGAGGGUACUGCAUUCCAUUGUACUGGUAUAGGAAAGCAGGAUAGCCAACAUCUCCCACCGAAGUAUUGCCAUAAGAAUACAGUGCAAAAUCAUGCACGUAGCGAGGUCUAA